AUGCCUAUCCGGAUCCGUAUCAAGCACAGCCUGCGAACCCCGCCGGCGGAUCCAGGCCAGCAGGCUUAUGUCGAACCGGGAGCUACGCUCAACCCGGGUGCUGGGAGCGACUUUGGCAACCUGCAACAGGUCCUGCAAGAUGCGAACACGAACUACCCCCUCGCUGGCCUGGAUACGUUUCAUCCUGGGAUGUAUCAGCAACAGGUUCAACAGCAGCAGCAGCAGCAGCAACAAAUCCAAGGACAACAGAUCCAAGGGCAGCAGAUACAGGGGCAACAGCAACAUAACCAACAACUCAACAACCCAGCACAGCAGCAACAGCAACAGCAACAGCAACAACAAUCGCAACAAGGACAACAAUACAACAAAUCAUGUAGAAACUGCCUACGCCUCAAGAAAAGCUGCAGCGGCAGCAUUCCCUGCACAAGAUGCUUCAAACUCAAGAGAAACUGCAUCUUCGACCCAAAAUACUCCAAAUUCCAGCGCAAACGCAUGCUGGAGGACAUCGCCAACGGCCAAGACCCCCAAGACGACGACGACGACGAAACAGAAGACGAAGACGGCCCUCCAGCCCCCAAGCGCGCAAGAAAACAGAUGGGUCCAGACGCAAACGCCGUCUUCGUCCAGGCCCUCCAGCGCAUCCGCCCGCAGCUCUCAAACCCGGACAACGGCUACUGCGACCACUGCCUCGCGGGCAACAACGAGGGCCGCGACUGCGACGCCAACCACGCCGAGCAGAUGGAGUGCUCGCAGUGCACGCGCUUCCGCAACCUCGGCGACCCGAACCACGUGUGCCGCGUGCGCGGCGGCGAGUACUGGCAGCGCCGCUUCGAGAACUCGCGCCCGACGUACCCGACAAACCUGCCCGAGGCGAGCAGCUGCGUCGGCUGCAAGGAGCGCCGCAACGCGGGCUUCACCAAGCCGACGUACUGUGACAUCGACCCCGCCGUUAAGAUCGGGUGCACGCAGUGCCGGAACGAGGGCCGCCUGUGCGAGGUGUACAACGAGCGCCGCGCGGACGGCGACGCGAACGCGCCGCCGGUGCAGCCGUGGGAGCAGAUGUGGAACCGCCCGAUGCCGUAUGACGGGGAGCUGGUCGCCGGGCGGAGGCCGUGGUGGCGGCAUACCUGCGGGGAGUGCGUGGCCGAGCUGUCGAAGAAGAGGAGCUGGACGCCGUGCUCGUGGACGAACGAUGUGCGGCUGGGCGAGUAUAAGUGCCUGACGUGCGUGGAGAAGAACCGGCCGUGUCUCGACCCGUGGACGAGGCGCGAGUAUACCAAUCCGUACCAGUGGCCCGGCCCGGGCAACGAUUUACUCUUGGCCACCGGGGGGACCGUCCGCCGCAUCGGGGAUAAGAGAUGCACCAAUUGCAAAGUCACCCAGUACACCUGCGGUGGGAUGGAAGGCCAGCCGGACCUGGCGUGCACAAAGUGUACGUCGUGGGGCCUCACCUGCAUCGUCGAGCGGGACGGCAAGGAGGUCACCCUGCCGCACCCCGACCGCAAGGCCAUCGGCUGGCGGCGGACCACGACCGACAAAGGGCACGUCUUCCACGCCUGCACGGAGUGCCGCCACUUCAACCGGAACUGCGACCGCAAGAGGCCCUGCGACAGCUGCGUCAGCGCCGGGUCAAACUGCGACUUUCUCGCGCCCGGCACCAGCGGCGGCCGCGUGCCCCGCGACGCGGUGAUGGGCGGCGACUCGGCGGAUUACUACAUGGCGCUCGGGUACGGGCCGCAGGGGGUGCACUCGGCCCGAUGGGGCACGCGGCCGGAUGCGCUUGUGGGGCCGAACCGGCCGAGCUGGAUUGUGCAGGAACCGCCGCCGGGGCCGCCUCCCCGGCGACAGGAGGCGAUGUAUCCGGGAAUGGGGGUGAUCUCGCUACAGCCUACCCCGGCGCCAGUACCGGCACCGGUGGCCGCGCCACCAAGGCAGUUUGGGGAGGAGGCGGCUCCGGUGAGAAGAAAUCCGAUGCGGUCGGCCAAGAACAAGCCCCCGGCUGCGCAACCGCAAAAGCCGCCGAAGAAGGUACGCACCAAAGCCCCAAAGAAAGCGCAGCCUCAAGCUGCCUCGCCUGAGGCGGCGAGUUCCUUCCUCGAGGGGGAUACGACGCUGGUCAACACGCCGGAGCCAGGCAACAACAAGUUCUUUGGCGAUAACAACGCCGCGUUCGAGGCCAUCAAUAACGGCGAACUAUUCGAAGACUGGCUCGGAGACCACGCCGAUCAAAUCUCCCUCGCCUUCAAGUCUCCGUCGCAGCCUCAGGUCAUGCCCCCCUUCGAAGGGCCCCCGCAGAACCUGGAGCAGAUCAAGCAGAUCGUCGGACAAGAUCUGGUCAUGACCGACGCGGACGCCGCGGCGGUCGCCGACGCCGUGAUUGACCCCGAGCUGCAGAAUAUAAGCAGCCAAGCCGUCGCGGACGACAAAUACCAGGGCAUCAUCAGACAACACGUCUAUCAAGCAAUGACCACCUUCAUGCAAGACAACCGCUUCAUGCCCGUCGAGCUCAGGAACAUAAAGCCGCCCGAGUACACGACGGACCUCCCCGCCACCGCGCUCGUUCCGCCCCCGGCGCGGAUUCUCCUGCAACUCGAAGACGCACCCGCCAGCGCCGAGGAAGCCAACCGCAUCCCCCACGCCCGCCGGCCCAAGAACGAGUGGGACAACCACGUCUUCAACAACCUCCUGCAGUGGAAGCGGCCCGUCUGGAACGCGCUCGCCUCCAUUCCCGACGCGGCCAAGCAGCUCGUCACCGUGGACACCCGCAACCGCACCUGCGAGGAGUUCAACAUGCAGCCGGUCACGGGCAACGUCUGCGGCGCCGCCGUGGCCAACAAUGCCGCCUGCGAGAGCCUCGAGCACAUGCCCGCGCGCCCGGCGCCGUACAUGGUCUGCGACGGGUGCGACCUCAAGACCCGGCGCAGCCUGUUCAUGGGCACGCAGCCGCUCAACCGGGCCGAGUUCCUGCGGAUGCGCGCGUACGCAUGCCGCGAGUGUUCGGACCGCGAGAAGCAGACGGCGGACUUUGGCGUGAUCGGCAAGCCGGAGCACCCGGUCACGGGGUGCAUGUGCGCCGAGAAGCUGAUCGGCCGGCGCGUGUGCAUGCACCACCGGUUCCGCAUGGCGCGCGAGAUGAUGGUGCACACCAUGUUCACGUCCGAGUGGGCGCUGACCAACUUCGGGCCCGACGCGUGCUUAUUCUGCAAGCGCGGGGACGACGGGCACAAGGCCGCCAAGACGGUCGACGACUUUAUGAACCAGAGCCUGGUGUAUCUGUGCCUCAACUGCCAGGGUGUCGUCGUCGAGCCGUGGACCUCCGAGUUGAGGGAUGGGAUUGAGACCAUGCUUGGGAACAUCGAGCCGAUGACGAUGGCCAAGCAGGUUUGGAGGCCUGAGGGCGUGGACGUGGCACUGUUAACACAAGCCAUGAUCGGGUAG